CUUGGCCCAGCGCGGCCCCGGGGAGGAAGAGCGGAGCGGCCGCCUCCCGCCCUGGGCGUUCUCCGCGAUGCCACUGCUGAUUAACGGGGAGCGGAUUGAUCUGACUCGGCUCACGGGAGGCGUGAUCCGCACCCACCCGCACCUGGAGGAAAAGGCAAAACUUCUAAGAAGUCAGCCUACUCAAAUUGUGGAACCCAAAGGGCUUCUGUAUGUCCAGCAGAGAGAGUUUGCAGUGACCACCCCUAAUGAUGGUUCUGUGUCUAUUCUUGGGUCGGAUGAUGCAACUACCUGCCACUUAAUUGUGCUCCGACACACAGGCAGUGGAGCCACAUGCUUGACACACUGUGAUGGAUCAGACACAGAAGCGGAGGUGUCGCUCAUCAUGAGUUCAGUAAAAUCUUUCUCUAACACCACAGGUUAUGGAAGGCUGGAAGUGCACCUAGUUGGAGGUUUCAAUGAUGAUAGGCAGUUAUCACAAAAACUUACUAAUCAGCUUCUUAGAGCGUUUGAUCUCCAACCAGAUGAUGUUCAUUUAGUGACUUUCUGUGUAUCAGAACUAAAUGACAGAGAAGAGAAGGAUAUUCAUUUGCCAAUCAUUUAUGGAAUAGCAGCUGUGAAUGUAAAAACAGCAGAGAUUUUCCCUGCAACUUUUCCAGAAAAAGGGCCAGAUGAGGAUUUGCGUUCAGCCCAUGUUUUAACAGGAGCAAGACUGACAAACAUUUAUGAUGCAAAGACUGAACAACUACACAUUGGACCUUAUUUCUGGAGGCCUUUCCCACAUGUGGAUUUCUGGUUAGAACAAGAUGAUCAACAGAUUCUACAGAAUCUUUCCACAUCGCCUUUGGCUGAGCCACCCCACUUUGUUUCCCACAUUCGUUCUACGUUAACAUUUUUAAAAGCACAUCCAUUUCCAUCUCAUUCCCUGUUUCCUGAUAGAAAACCUCGCAUAUACAAAAAAAAUGAAGAAGGGUUGUGGGAACUGGUUUGUUCUGACAAGGCCUAACUUGGAACCCAACUUCAGCUACUUUAGGGAAGCAUAGCAGUACCAGAAGAACAGCAAGUUGUUGUAAAAGCAUGGUGCGGGUCAUGGAUAGUAGGAUUCCUAUGCUUUUCAAAUAAAAUAUUUCAACAGAA